UUUUGUCUCGUCACUUUCCGCACUUUUAUUGUUAAAUUAUUUACAUAUAAUAGACUACGACGCGAUAAAAUGUCGCCGGAGGAAUACGUUAGGGAAUCCGGUGAUCUUCGAGGAACUGAGCUUACCCUUGCCCUACCGGGAACUUCAAUAAUAGCAUCGGAGGGCCGACGAAAGUCCAGAAACAAGCGUAGCUUCAUCGAGACCGUUGAUUUGAAACUCGGGGAAAGACACGUGAACAAUUCUAUAGCAUGCAACAAUUUCGACCGCUUGGUGGGGUGGCCGCCGGUGAGGACGGUAAGGGCGAGGAAGUACGUGAAAGUGGCGGUGGAUGGUGCGGCCUAUCUCAGAAAAGUCGAUCUUCAGAUGUACAAUUGCUACGAUCAACUUUUUGCCGCUCUAGAAAACAUGUUUCAGGGUGUAGUAACAAUAUGUAAGGUGACGACGGAGCUGGAGAGGAACGGAGAGUUUAUGGCAACGUACGAGGAUAAGGACGGUGACUGGAUGUUAGUCGGAGAUGUCCCGUGGAUGAUGUUUGUGGAGUCUUGCAAACGUAUGCGGUUGAUGAAAGCCGCGGAUGCUAUGGGGUUAGUACUUCCAAGCUAAGAAGCGAGCAAUGUUUACACGUCCAAGAACGUUAACGCAUGGGAUUUUUUCUCAAGUCUAUAGGAUUACCGUCGCAAAUGCAUAUAUUUCUUCUUAUAAAAAUGCCUAUAUUUAUAUAUAUAUAGUCAGAGAUAUAUAGAAAUGUAUUGUUCGACGAUUUCUGAAUUGCAAUAUAUAUGUGCUAUUACCUUUUUGGCCGUGGAUUUGAAGGUAAUUAAUGGCACUACUAUAUAUUAUUGCUUAAGUUGAUGAGUAAAAUAGCUAAAAUAGAUAGGGCUUUAAACUUUUACUGAAAAAGCACUAUAC